AUGGCGUAUUCUUUCCCGGAGGAAGUGCUGGAGCACGUGUUCUCGUUCCUGAGCUCCGACCGGGACCGUAACGCGGCGUCGCUGGUGUGCAGGUCGUGGUACGAGACGGAGCGGUGGUGCCGCCGGCGCAUCUUCGUCGGGAACUGCUACGCCGUCUCGCCGGACGUCGCGAUCCGGAGGUUCCCGGAGGUGAGGGCGGUGGAGCUGAAGGGGAAGCCGCAUUUCGCGGAUUUCAACCUCGUGCCAGAGGGGUGGGGCGGUUACGUGCGCCCGUGGGUCGAGGCGAUGGCGGUGGGCUACCCGCAGCUGGAGGAGAUCAAGCUCAAGAGGAUGGUGGUGACGGACGAGUGCCUGGAGAUGAUCUCAAGGUCGUUCAGGAAUUUUAAGGUUUUGGUGCUUUCGUCGUGCGAGGGGUUCACUACGGAUGGGCUCGCGUCGAUUGCGGCCAAUUGCAGGAACCUAAAAGAGCUCGAUUUGAGGGAAAGUGAGGUUGAAGAUCUUAGCGGGCACUGGCUCAGCCAUUUUCCUGACGAAUACACUUCUCUCGUCUCACUCAACUUUUCCUGCUUGAGCUCUGAGGUCAGCUUCUCGGCUUUAGAACGCUUAGUCUCGCGAUCCCCUAGUCUAAAAACCCUCCGCCUAAACCGAGCCGUGCCUCUCGAUAAGCUAGCCAAUCUUCUUCGCCACGCGCCUCAGCUGGUCGAGCUCGGCACCGGCGCUUAUUCAGCUGAUUUCCGGCCCGAUACAUUUUCGAGCCUAACAAAAGCAUUCUCAUCCUGCAAGAAUCUUAAGGGUCUUUCCGGUUUUUGGGAUGUGGUCCCGGCUUAUCUGCCGGCCGUUUAUCCUGUGUGCUCUCAAAUCACAUCACUAAACUUGAGUUACGCCACGAUUCAGUGUUCGGAUCUCGCGAAGCUCGUUACUCAGUGUCGAAAUCUGCAUCGUCUCUGGGUUCUUGAUUACAUUGAAGACAGUGGCCUCGAAGCAAUAUCCGCCUCGUGCAAAGACCUAAAUGAGCUUCGGGUCUUCCCGUCAGACCCUUUCGGAGCCGAGCCAAACGUCUCCCUAACCGAGCGGGGACUCGUCUCGAUUUCCGCCGGCUGCCCGAAACUCGAGUCGGUCCUCUACUUCUGCCGCCAGAUGUCGAAUGCAGCUUUAGUUGCCAUAUCCCGCAACCGGCCGAACCUAAUCCGGUUUCGACUCUGCAUAAUCGAGCCGCAGGCCCCCGACUACCUCACGCAUGAGCCUCUCGACUCGGGUUUUGGCUCGAUCGUCGAGAACUGCGGGGACCUCCGGCGACUCUCGAUGUCGGGCCUCUUAACGGACCGAGUCUUUGAAUACAUUGGGGCCCACGCCAAGAAACUCGAGAUGCUUUCGGUGGCUUUUGCUGGGGAUGGUGAUUUGGGCCUGGCCCACGUGCUAUCGGGCUGUGUGAGCCUGCGGAAGCUCGAGAUAAGGGAUUGCCCAUUUGGGGACGAGGCCUUGCUGGCGAACGCUGCCAAGCUGGAGACAAUGCGAUCCCUUUGGAUGUCGACAUGUGGCGUGAGUUUCGGUGCGUGUAGACUGCUGGGCCAGAGAAUGCCGGGCCUGAAUGUGGAGGUUAUUGACGAGAGGGGCCCACCGGAGUCGAGGCCCGAGAGCUGCCCAGUCGAGAGGCUGUACGUCUACCGGACGGUCGCCGGGCGGAGGGGGGACAUGCCGGAUUUCGUUUGGACGGUGGACGAGGAUGAUUCGGCUAUGGGAUUUUCGUGA